AUGACUAGCGUCAAGGAAACUGUCAAGGAAACAUUGGUCGGCAGCACAGAGGAACCUCAGCUGUCGCACCAAGCCCGGUCAAAUUUUCUUCGUCAUGCCCAGAAGGAUGAGAACGGUGAGCCGUUCAUGACCAAGGAGGACUUCAUCAAUGCCGUUGCGCCCAAGCAGGAGGACUAUCACAAAAUCAAGCGCGAACAAUAUGGAAUCCUGUUCCAAGUGGCAGACCGACGGAGAGCCGGCAAGCUCAGUUUCUCGGACUGGGCGACUUUUGAAAACCUCCUUACGAAACCCGAUGCCGAGUACGAGAUCGCGUUUCGGUUGUUCGAUCUCGAGGGCGCCGGGACCGUCAAGUUCGACACGGUGAAAGGAUUGUACAACCUGAACAAGAGUGCCGAUAGCAUCCCAUUCGAUUGGAACUCGGAAUGGGCCUCGUUGUACACGGGUCGGACCAGGACACGCCACGACAUGACCUACCCGCAGUUUGCACAGAUGCUGCGCGGAUUGCAGGGCGAGCGCAUCCGCCAGGCCUUCCACAUCUUCGACAAGGACGGCGAUGGCUACAUCGAGCCCGAGGACUUCCAGCGCAUCAUCCUGGAGACUUCCAAGCACAAGUUGUCGGACCAUGUGCUCGAAAACCUGCCUAGCCUGUGCAACAUCUCAGCGGGCAACAAGAUCUCCUAUGCCACCGUCCGCGCUUUCCAAAACAUUAUGCGUGAGAUGGAUAUCAUCGACUUGAUUGUGCGCGAAGCUACCCUGAAGAGUGGCGAUGGCAAGAUUACCCGCUCGGAUUUCCUCAACGAGGCUACCCGGGUCACUCGCUUCUCUUUGUUUACUCCCAUGGAAGCCGAUAUCCUGUUUCAUUUCGCUGGUCUGGAUGCCCCGUCGGGACGGCUCGCCCAGAAGGACUUUGCCAAGGUCAUCGAUGCUUCAUGGCGCAUCCCCGUGGCUGCCGCGGGUCAGGCACUCGCCGCAGGACAGCAAGCUGCAUCGAAAGCCACAUCAGUGCUGCACAAUGUGCUUGAAUCGGUACAUCAUUUCGCCCUGGGUAGUAUUGCUGGUGCCUUCGGUGCCUUUAUGGUCUACCCCAUCGAUUUGGUCAAGACUCGUAUGCAAAACCAGCGGUCCUCGCGGCCGGGCGAGCGGUUGUACAACAACUCCAUUGACUGUGCGAAGAAGGUCAUCCGGAACGAGGGUUUCACUGGCCUCUACUCUGGAGUGAUCCCGCAGUUGAUUGGUGUGGCCCCGGAGAAAGCCAUCAAGCUGACUGUGAACGACCUGGUUCGCGGUUUCUUCACUGACAAGGACACCAAGAAGAUCUGGUAUCCUCACGAGAUUCUGGCUGGUGGUACGGCAGGAGCAUGCCAAGUGGUCUUCACAAACCCUCUCGAGAUUGUCAAAAUUCGUUUGCAGGUUCAGGGGGAGAUCGCGAAGAAUGUGGAGGGUGCUCCUCGCCGCUCGGCUCUGUGGAUUGUCAAGAACCUGGGUUUGAUGGGUCUGUACAAGGGAGCUAGCGCCUGUCUCCUUCGUGAUGUGCCCUUCUCGGCGAUCUACUUCCCCACGUACUCGCACUUGAAAACAGAGAUGUUCGGCGAAAGCCCUACCAACAAGCUUGGUGUCAUCCAGCUCCUUACCGCUGGUGCUAUUGCGGGUAUGCCAGCCGCCUACCUGACCACUCCCUGUGACGUGAUUAAAACGCGACUGCAAGUCGAGGCUCGCAAGGGUGAGACCAAGUACACUGGCCUGCGCCACUGUGCCACCACUGUGUGGAGGGAUGAGGGAAUCAAGGCCUUCUUCAAGGGUGGCCCAGCUCGAAUCCUGCGCUCAUCACCGCAGUUCGGCUUCACCCUGGCUGCCUACGAGGUCUUGCAGAAGAUGCUUCCCAUGCCCGGCGCACAUGAGGAAGUGACGCCCAGCGGACAGGUGGAGCCCGGCGUCGGUCUGCAAGGUGCCAAGGCACCUCUUCCUUACCUUAGGUCUAGGAACGCCCUAAAGCUCAUUCUUGACCUGGACCAGAACAUUGGCCGAGUGCAGGUCCCUCGGCCGGAGAACUGGCCCAAGUUCCUCCAAGGCCCCAAGCAGUGA